UAUCUCCGAAUGCACCGUGUCAGCCUGUGCAUAUUUUUAUGUUUGCAGUGCUGCAUGCAUGCUUGAGUGUGAGAGUGUGUGUGUAUGUGUAUGAAGGAUGCUAAAAUCUGGAGCUGUGAAGAAGGGGGAGGGGCAAGGAUGGGCAUGCUGAAGAAAUACAUGAAGAUAGAAAGAAAGAAGGAUACAUAGAAGAGAAGAGGAGGGGAGGAGGACAGUGAGGAAUGGACAGAUGUUGAGGAGAGAGUGAUAGUGAAAGGCACACUGAGGAGAGGUUGACGGAGAGAGUGAGGAGGAGGAGGAGGAGGAGGAGGAAGAGACGAUCUGCUGUGGGAAGCAGCAGCGUCGUUGAUUUUCGCAGGAAAAAAGGCAGCUGCCUUCUGUUGCCGUGACGAUGGGCUGCUGGCUCUCUGGACCAUGGAUGGGCGACCAAACGAUGAGUGGGAGGAGUUUUGCACACCUGAGCCAGAGGGAUGCUCUGCGAAUCCUGGCGGCCAGUCAACGUCCAAUCACCAUGCAGAUCAAGGGUCAGAGGGGGUGUGGCACUGAGGCAGACAGGGGAACCUGGGAACCCCUCCCCCUCAACCUGCAGCAUCUCAACCUGCCCCUCCCUGUCAUUGGGGCAGGACUUAACGCCUCCAGCCCCUCCUACCAGGACAGACAUUAUUACAGCCAUUUGUCUCUGCCACAAGAUCACUGUGAUGGAGCACGGUACAGCUACCUGUCCAGCUCUCCACGGGACACUGUGGACAUCGGUCACCAGGAUCCAGAACUGACCUGUCGUCGACCAAAGGGACAGAACUGCCUGAUGGGAUGUUGCAAUACCAACUUAGAAGAACCCAAUGGCUGCCACAGUCAGACUGAUGAUGAGGACUUCAUGCUGGAGAAGCCGCUGGGCUUCCUGCCCCUCCACCAUGAGUUGGACAGUGGUCUGGGCUGGACUGACGGCUCCCUCCACCAGGGGGACCUUUCUGGGCUGGAGACAGAGGAGGGAGGCCUAGAGGACUGUCACUCACAUGGGGCCCUUGCCCCAGGUGGUUGUGGGGGCUUUGGGGGUGGCGGCUCUCCUUCCUCAGAGUCCUUUAUCUCCUCGGAGCUCAGUGACUCUGGCUUCUACAGUGUUAGCACUGGGGAGUUCAGGCACUUCCAGAGGCUGCUGGAGAAGCGAAUGCGUCUGUACAACGCCAGGCUGCAACAUCAGGGUGAACCCUGUGAGAGGCGCGAGCGGCGUGACAGUUGCCCGAAGAGCCACCGUGAGCUGUUGGAGGCUAUCCCUGAGGCACUAACCAUGCAGCCCCAAUGUCAGCGACUGCAGCUUGGGAUGGAGGAGGACACUGGGCCAGUAAUGGACAUCCCACCACGUGGACUUUUCAGGGUUUCAUCGGUUCAAUUCCACAAAACUGACCGACCCUGUCUGAACCGUCACAGCUCUAGCAGUGGGGCCCUGUUCAAUCCUUCUCACGCCCAUGCUGCAGUCUCACGAAUGAUUGCCCCAGUCCUCUCCACUUGCAGCACCCCAUCCAGCCACAGGAGACCGCUGGUACCCAUGCAGCAGCACCACCAAGCCUCCAGUUCAGUGGGGAUGCUGAGGAGAAGCCGAACGCUGCACCACCGCCCUCCUCCACAGGAAUAUCGCCGCAGAGCCAGCCACCCAGCUUCCCCGUCCUACUGUGCAGCAACCCUGCACCACUGCGGAGGUGUCGCACCACAUAAUGUCCUGCCACCGGGUCUGCCAGAGGAAGGUGAGCUACUGGCCGGAGUGAUGUCUUCCCACCCAGCAGCCAUGGCUCUCUCACCCCAGCAACACCCCAGCUCUCUGGGGCACUUGAGGCCUGCCAACACUCAUGAGCGAUGCUACGACAACAACUCUAACAGCCAGAUCACUCCCCGUGACUGGUGGCACUCAGAGAGAACCUUGAUGCCUGAGCCGAUGAUGACAGAAAGGGACAGGGACAUUGAAAGGGAACUGGAGCAAAAAAGGCAAAUGCAAAAGGAGAAAGAGCUGGAGAGGGAGAGGGAGGCCCAGAUUAAGGAGGAGAUGGACAGAGAGAGGCAGCAGGAGCUGGAGAGGAGCAGAGCCAGAGAGCAGCAGCACCUCCAGAGUCUGGUCCACCCUCCUCAGGCUGGAGACGUCAACGACACCUGGCCGAAACCAGCUAGUCGACAGUCUCAGGGCGGUGGGGGAGGUAGAGGACUCUACAGCACCCUGGAGGGCCACACGGGCACUGGCGUUGGCACUGCUGCGGGAUGGGAUGCAAAGAAAGGACACAUGAAUCAGAGUUUAAGCCUGAAUCCCAAUUCUGGUCUGCAGCCAAAACCUAAUCCUAGCUCCAAACCCAACACAACCUCAAGGAUCUCAAGGAGCCAGCUCCUGAGAGACCGGGCAUCUCAGCUGGCAGAUGAACGGAGUGGGAUGAGCACUGAUGAAGAGACCAACACCGACAUGCUGAUGGGUCGGUACUGGAGUCGAACAGAGAGGAGGGAACACUUCCUGUUGGCCCGUGAGCAGAAACAGCAGCAGCUGCAGGCCAGAGGAAUACCUGUGCGAGAUGCUGUCAGCAGGGGAGGAGCCAUCACAGGAGGAGGAGGAGCCUCUCUUGGAGAUGGAGGUGUGCUGGACAGCAGAGGAGUUGGAGCUUUUGCAGAAGGACGAUGCAACACAGUGCUGGAGCUGAGUCAGAGGAAGUUGAGUCGUCUGAGGAACAGGAAGCUGUUGGAUGACUGGACAACAGUAGAGGAACUGCUGACUCAUGGGACCAGGUUGGACAACCAGGAGGACAUGCUGUGUCCCAGCUCCCUGCUGACGGUCACCACAGUCUAACUGCAUGGACACCACAUCUAACUGUAACUCUGUGUGUGAGUGUGUGAGUGUGUGAUGUUGUCGUUAAAAACAUGGCAUUUUUGUAAAUCCACAUGUUCUAGUCUUUUCAGAGUGAGAAGAGACAAUAGAUAUCAGUUUCAUCUCCAGGACAUGUUUAGCCUAGCUUAGCACAAAGACUGGGAGCAAAGGGAAACUAGCUUCACUCCAGCUUGCCUUCCAGCAACUCCAAAACUACUUUGGUAACUAACAAAAUACAACAUGGUUUAGCAAUUACCCUCUGCUCUCAGUCUUUGUGCUAAGCUAGGCUAAAUAUGCAAGACCCUGUUUUACAUAAACAUCUUAAUUAUGUUAUCCCGCUAGAUAAUCCUAAUAAUUCUCAUCUAGCCAACUUGAUUCUUUGAUUGCAGUUGGACUGAUUUGUUAAUCUGAGAUUAAGAAAUCUUAAAUAAACCCUACAAGGGUCUGGGUGACAUAAAUUUUGUCAUCAAAUUAACUUCUGCAUCUGCAGAGCUACAUGGUCUGAAAGGGUUGAAGUGAUGUGUGGAGCUCAGCACAGUGUGGAUUGUUUACCAUCCAAAAUGCUGUCUGUAUCCUUUAGUGCUGAAAAGUCCUCCGUCAUCAAUGUACGAAGCAUUGGGUCCUCUCCAUUUCUGUACUCGAAGGUCAAAGAUGAAACUGAUACCUAUCUUCUCAUAUUACUCUGUGGCAGACAAAGAACAAGAGUAUUUACAGAAAUGUCGGACUGUUCCUUUAAUGAAUGUGCGUGAGAGAGGGACCCUUACUGUCAUCGCUGUACAUCACCUCAACUGAUAGCUUUAUGUAUGGCUGUGUCACCACUGUACAGCACUCCUGACAAAAUGUGUGUGUCAGUGCAUGACGCUUGUAAUGACAAACAACUGAACAAGGUCAGAUGAGUGUGCAUCAUGUGUUUCAUGCAACAUCUUAUGCUACUUUUAUUUCACAGAAUCUUUUAACAAAAUUACAAAAAAUUUGGGUUUUGGACUCAUAUCCUCAAACAGACCAUGAGAGCAAUACUGUUCUGCGUGACGUACCUGGCUGUGCAACGAUAGAUCACAUACAACUGCUUCUACAUCAGGGCCACAGAACACAUCAACUGUAGCAAUGCAGACAAUGACAACUGAGAUUUGAUACCAAAUCCUGAAUGGUUUUUUAUAAAAACUCUGUUUACAAUUAAAAUAUCAAUCGGUGGGAGCUUUUGUAACUCAAGCGAUGACAAAAUGCGACCUGAUUCAUUUGCUUGUGCAACACUAGUCAAACUGUGAUGAUCAUGGAUAGGGAACAACGUGCCACAGAGGAUUUUACAACUUUAAUCUGUAAAAUCAGCUGCUGUAGGGUUUGGGGUGGAGUUUAUGGUGCAUUCAAGUAUUAUUUUUCAGACUGCCCUUACAUGCAGCAGAGUGUCGUUCAUGUCAGAAACUUGACUCAAGGUAGCUAGCCAAUGGUGCCAUUCUGAUGCUGACACCCUGUAGAAAUGCAGAACAUCAGCUCAGUCUGAAAGCACCAUAAUGUGUGAUAGUUCCACGGUAAUAAUAACAGGAGGUUUUCCCUAUUCUUACUGUUCUGCUGACAUGGCUUGAAUGCAGCAUAAGCUCUUUGGCCCUUCAUGGCUCAUAGCUCCCUGUUCCUGCUGGUGUCUUUACUGUUGGCAGGAUGUUUACAGAUCUACCUACCCAGGUAACAGCUCAUGCAUGUUUACUGAAAUCUGCAGUAAUGUGUUUGACCCUGCAGAGAUAAUUUAAAAAGAAAAGAAGAUACACCUCAAGUCAAUUUUUAUGUUAGGUUGUCCUGACUGCUGCAGCGUCUGUGCAGUCAGGACAGAUGGAGCUCAAGUCAGCGUUGUUGACAUUCCACCACAAGCUGGUACAGUGUGAGUACAUCUGAAAUCUACUGAUUCCAGGUCUGCAGUUCGGGAAAAUGUGCAAUAAUACCUCAAGCUAGUUUUAAUAUGACAGUGACAGCGUCGUGUUUCAAUUGAAUGCAGUGACUAAUUUUAAAUCAGACAGAUGCACAAAAGUGAUGAGUCACUACAAGUGCACAGAUAAUCCUAUAGUCUAAAAUGGCAAGAGCAAAAGUUAUGUAGAUAUUUACAUUAUUUCUUUACAUUGUUUUCCAUGAGAGGGACCUAAGAAAACAACUUUUUGCACAUCAUUUUUUAUACCUAAAGUUUUCCCUACCUUUCUGUACAAGGGACUGAGGCCAGUGGAAUGACUGUAGAUAGAACGACAGUGUGUGUUGAUGUUUUCUUUAUAAACUAUCGUGAUUUCUGAAGGAAAAAAAUCAGUUUAUUGUCAUUGUGUUGGACAUAUUUCAAUAUUUUUCCUGUGAUGGUUACAAAACCAAUGUGAAGAGUUUUUAUGAUCUUUAAAAUCUACUUAAUUUACUUAAAAGCUGGUGAAACUUUGAUUUACCAUUUUCAAAGAGUGGACACAAAAUGUGAAUAUUAUUGUAUCUUUAAAUGGCUAAAUUGAAUUUUACUGUUGUUUUGUGUCAUUAUGACAUGUACAUAUUGAUUUUGUCAAAAGGUGCAGAUGAGGUUGGAGUUAGUAACGGGACACGCUGAUGCCAUCAGACGCCUCCAGUGGUUUAUCAUGUGAUUCUGUAGGUUUAUAUCUGUGUUAUGGAGGCUGUAUAUACAGCACAGAGAUUAACAUUGUAGUAUUAGUAACACUCACAAUAUUGUCAAAAUUCAUGGAAAGUGGUUCAGUUUGUUCUGAAUGUUACAUAGGGCAUCCAUAAAUUAUGAGUAGGAUCACUGACACUCUCUUCUUGUCCUCUGUCUUCUCCAGAGUCAGAUGUUUCAGAUGGAUAUCAGUUUCAUCUCUAGAGGGUCCAGGACAGAGAUGGACAACUUUAGCAUCUUGCUUAGCGUACAUACUGGAAGCACAAGAAAAAAUCUUCCACCAACUCCAAAGCUUAGUUUCACACAUUAGCAUGCUAACGUAUGUGCAGAUAUACUGCUGAGGCUGAUUAGUCUCGGGAGUAUUGGCCAAAUCAAAUCAAAAUCAAUCAAAGUUCUGACCUGAUGAUUUUGUUUGAUGAGACAUCAGGGUAUCUUGAAAUGGUUAUCACUCAUGACUGCAUUAUGAAUAUUGGAACCAAAUUUUACGGAAACCCAUCCAAAGAUAUUGCCAUUUCUAGAGGCAAGAGUGACUAACAGGCUAGUCAUGCAAUGCAACACAAUUGGCCUUUUUCUUGGAGGACAUUUUGAUACGUCACAGUAGAAAAAGCACAGAAAUGGCUGAUUUUCACUUUGAUUUUAGGGUACUGUCAUUGUAUUAACUGUCAUACUGUUAUGGCCAACUGGGAUGCUUAAAUAGAACAGAGCCACUAUUAAAUGAUGACCAGUGCUUUCCUUACUAUGAUUAGUCCAAAUGUAAUUUCUGAAAAAGGCCUGUCGAAAGCCAAAGUGAAACCAGAACUCCAGGGUUCUAUUCCAUAAGAAAGAAAAUCUAAUUCAAAAUCACAGUGACAUUUGUAAUAAUGCAAAUGCAAUCCAGAACUACAAAACUGCAUUAGGGGUUGUUAGGAGCAGUUAAUUCAACAUUUGUUGACCAAGUAUGUUGACUUGAGAGCUGUUAAUUCUUUAAGUUGACUUACAACAACUUGUGCAGCUGCAAUUUCUUACCAUGUUCCCAUUUGUAUUCUCGUCCACAAAACUCUGAUUGGCUUGGCUCUUUUUUCAUUUAGGAGAACAGCACAACACCGGAAAUAUUUAAAUCAUUGUGGGCAGUGAGUCAGAGGUUGAACCAGGCUAAGCUGGGAAUAGUGUAAUGUAAGCACUAUCUCAAAUAUCCUGUCCUCUUAGUGGGGCUACCAGGCCUUCAGCAGUGGGGGUUUGUUUAAAUCUGACAGCAGUGGAGUUUCUGAAAGGUGGAGUUUUGUCUUUUGAUUGAGCUAGCUUAGCAGUUUCUCUGUGCUUCCAAUUGCACUGAGCUAAGCAUGUCCUGCACUAACCUUUGUAUUGGACAGUCAAAGAUGAAACUGAUAUCCAUCUUCUCAUCUGUCUUUGGAGAAGACGGGGAUCAUGAGGAUUUGCAGAAAUGUCAAACUCUUUUUAAAAACCGAAACUCAGAGAGAAAAGAGGUGGAAUCAAACCUCCACCUGGUUCGUUUCCACAUUUUCCCUCUCUCUCUCGGCUGUGACUCAAACAGUCUGAAUAAUGGAUGACGAAGAGAGAAUUUUUUUUCUUCCCACCCCCCUGCACCCUCCUUCACUCUCUUUGCUUACGUUACACAAGGACACAGAGAGCUGAAAAUAGCCCUGCUGUCCUCAUGUGAUGUGAAAUUAAAAGCACACUGGAGCGGAGACGCUUGCUGCUGGGGAACUCAACACUUGUUUUACUCCAUCUGACAAUCCCUCCAUCCAGCCUGCAACACCACCUCCAUCUGUCUGUGCAAGGGUACUUUUCACGACAGCAAGCUUUUUGAAAUAUGACGAUGUAUAUGUGAUUGUAAUAAAGAGAUUCUAAUUAGCUAUGA